UUUACUGUUGGUGUAUUGGAUAAAGACAUACUUUAUUGUUGUGGUUUCAGGCGUUGGGUUCAAGCUGUAUUUCGUGUCGGUAGUGGGAAAUCUGGAGGGAAAACUGAAAGCAAGGUGAGAUUCCUUGGUAAGGAUAAUGACAAGCCUGAAAUACAAAAAGUUUCCCUUGAACACUCUGCAAAUGAGACUGAAGUUGAUAUCUCCGACGGGAUGGCUCUUGAAAUGUUUGGUAUUUCAUCUCCCAAGGAGGAGAUUCUUGAUGUCAUCUCCAGAGACUAUUCUUUCAAGAUAAAUGUCCUCUCAAAAGAGUAUCAGCAUACCUGCAAAUCAACUGGCUUAAUGUUAUGGGAAUCAGCUCGGCUUAUGGCUUCUGUCCUUGCUACUAACCAGACCAUUGUUUCAGGCAAAAGUGUUUUAGAGCUGGGUUGUGGAUGUGGGGGCAUUUGCUCCAUGGUUGCUGCUAGAUCUGCUAAUCUUGUGGUUGCCACUGAUGGAGACACAAAAGCACUUGAUCUAUUAAACCAGAAUGUCGCUCUGAAUCUCCAACCAUCAACUCGUGCAAGUCUAAUAACAAAAAAGCUUGAGUGGGGAAAUAGAGAUGAUGUAGAGGCUAUCAAAAGGCUAAAUGAUAGAGGUUUCGAUGUCAUAAUAGGCACAGAUGUCACGUAUGUUGCUGAUGCAAUCUCUCCUUUGUUUGCAACUGCAAAAGAGCUGAUCCGAUCUGGCAGAGGCGAUAAGGAGGAUUGCACACCAGCUCUAAUCCUUUGUCACGUCUUUCGCAGAGUUGAUGAACCAUCUAUACUUUCAGCAGCGUCAGAAUUUGGUUUCAGGUUGGUGGAUAGGUGGCCGCUUACCCCCACUAGCACACCUCAGAACAUUAUCCAAAGCUGGUUCUCCCAGGGCAACCUUGAAGCUUGUGUUCCCACCACUGCACUGAAUAUUCUGUAUUUCCACAAGUUUUAGGUUUAAAUCUUGGAGGAAUUUUAUUUUCUGCAUCCAGGGAAAGGGGAAAUGUACCAGAAGGCUGCUCAAGAGUUCUUCGGUCCUGGUUCUUGGCGCUGCCCAGUAUUUAACCCUUCAAGGCUUCGAGCAUUGAAUCUGUGCUUGUGUUAGCGCGUUCCUUAUCAGCAAAUUGAUUUGCAUGUAGCUAAAUAUGCUAUUGUUAUCGUUAGGAAGUUGAAGCUGUUCUUAUGGGAAAGGUAGUGAUACCAUUCUCUCUUGGAUGCAUUCUUUCCCUUUGUUGUCUUGAUUGUUUACCAAGAUUCAGGAAGUUUUUUAGUUGCCCAAACUGAACCAUGUUUACUUAAUAUUGUUGUGUUAUAGUGAAACCCUUAUAUCUCUUGAAUGCUUGCUAUCCCUUGCUGUCUUAGUUACCAAGAUUCAGGAACCUUUUCAUUGACCAAAUUGACCAUAUACUUCAUAUUGGUUUGUUAUGAUGCUGAAA